AUGGCUCAGACCUUACAGAUGAAUCGGGGAAUAGUCAAACAGGUAGUAUAGCCGUAGACAUCUCUAUCUAGUUAUUUAAAACUAUUGAUUUGAAAUAGUGCACGGAUUUUCGAAUGCCACGUUUUACAUUUAUAAACCUCGACCAGUGACUCGAAAUCAUGAAAGUGAUUUUCUACUAACAAUUAUUUUUAAUUUUAUCGAAGGUUCUUUCAGGUGAUAGCGUGGUGAUACGCGGACAGCCUCGAGGAGGACCUCCUCCUGAAAGACAGCUAUGCUUGUCGAACGUGAACGCACCAAAAUUAGCGAGGAGAUCGAACCCCAACGUUGAAGCCAGUGUCGAGACAAGAGACGAGGUUUGCGUGUUUCUUACGUUACUGCAUUCUUCCGCGAUGCCCUCGUUUUCAGAGGUUUCAUGUGCGUUCUAAGCUAUUUUUUCCUAGUCUUAAGCUUUCUUCAUCAAUAGGACGGUUUUAUUUCUAAAUAUUGUAUACAAGUGAGCAAGAUUUCCUAUUAUAAUGUGUCUUUUGAAAUGGUAAAAAAAAAUUAUCGUGUUUUGUUCAUUUCGUUAUGAAUGACUCAAGAUUGUGGCCAAUGGCAUUAGGUUACGUGCCGUGGUUAAGUUCCGUUGGCUCAUGAAAUAUCGGCCGUGUUUCAUAUUACAAAUACACUCAGAAAUCACGCUACUUGUAGUGUUCAUUAUUGAAGAGAAGUUUCGUGUAAUUUUUCGUUGAAUAUUAAAUUGGGUGAAGAAUGUAAGACCUCUUCCCUAUCGAUCCCCACGUGAGGAUUGAUUAUAAUUCAAAUUCACCUAAAUGAUCAUUUAUUCCCCCACUUUAAAGAAUAUCUACUUAAAUGAAAUUAAAAUUGGUUUUAAAGAAGACGAUUAAGUGAAAAUAUUUGUUGAAAAAGCAUCUUUUGUACAAUCUGUUGACCCUAGUAAAUAACUGUUACAGGGAGAAUCUUCAAGAUCUUGUAUCAGCGUUUCUUUACAGUAACUUAUUAGGAAUUGAUUGAUUAUAGUUUUACAAGCUUUGUUCAUUGCAUUAUAUAAACAUAAGUUGCCAAUUAAGAAAGGAAUCCAGCUUAAUCACCACCCUUUUGAUAAUGCCCCUGGCCACUGUAAAGCAUGUGUACAAAUGUAUUUUGCAAGUUCAUAUUUUGCAAAUUUGACAGAUUUUCUUUGAUCUGUAAAAACAUGAUUCUGGUGAUUGAACUGAGUGGAGUGCAAUUUGGGCUGAAAUCAUACACGUGAUUUCAAAAUUGGAUUAGUGCGCAGCACGAGUUCAAUUUGAAAUCACAAGUAUGAUUUCAGACCAAAAUUGCACAACACGAGGUUCAAUUACCACUUUAUUACAUCCAUUUUGAAAUCGCCCAAAUACAGGACUUGGUCAGUUCAAAUAUUUUAUAACUACAAUACUGAGCCAGUUUGAAAUUAAAUUCACCCAUUUUUUGGGAGAAAAAAAUAAGAGUUUUGGAAACAAAAGUUGCAAAAUUUGCCACAUGAUCCUUCAUGUCUUUCAUCUUCCUGCAAUUUGAUCGGUUACGUUAAACAAGCCUUGAAAUCUGAUUGGUUGUUUUGUUUUUAGUGUAGCCUCCUUGUUGGCUGGAAAAAAGAUGCGAUUUAAAGCAAAAAAUGGUGCAAUUCGUGAAUAAAUUGCACCAAUUAGAGCCAAUCAGAUUACAGGGACCACCAGUGAUUUCAAAAUGGGUGUAAUUAAAACAUUAACAGAAUAGGGGGUGAAAAAAUUUUACCACCUUUAGCUAACUGAAAAAGACAUAAAAUUUCUAUCUCUACACCCUAAGCAGACCAGUAUUCAUGUUUUCCAUACUCUUCACUAUACAUUCAACUUGGUACUAAAUUGGUGGGGAAUUAUUUUAUCAAUCAAAGGUGCUUAGGUUGGGGAUCAUUUCCUUUAUUCUCAUAAUCUUAAUAAAUAAUUCAACAGUAUUAAUGUUAGGAGAAAUUAGAUGCUAGUCACCGGUAGGAUUUUCAGGGGUUAAUGGUCGCUUGAAAUAUCUUUUUAUGAAUUGUCAACUGUAUGGCUUUCUUUGCUGUAACAAAAGGUUUCCGUUUCAAAUGUCAGCUUUAGAAAGUCCUUUUGUAGCCACUCUACAAUAUCAACUCAGUUGAUAAAACCAAACUUCCCCUCUCGUGCAGUAUCACAGUUUCUAAAUACAAACUUACCCUUUUUAUCGUCUUCUGUAUAAUUCAAUCACUUGGAAAAUUUGAAAUUGUUUCCAUUUCUCUCUGUGUACUGACUGCAUUGUGUGAAAGGAAAAUUUUAAAAAGCCAAAAUUUUAGGUGUAAUGAAUGUGCAACAUUUUAAUUCUCCAAAAAAGCAGGUUAUCACUGGUCUACGAAUAGAAUCACCAUGAAUGUUUUGAAAACAGUAAUUUCUCUACUUUGCUAUCCUCUUAUUAUAACCAAAUUUUCAGCUACCACAAUUAAUUGGUCUCUUGGAUGGAAGGUGAGGAUUCCCUGUCCUUUGAUCCUUUAACCCCUAAGCUGGACAAGCAUCUAAAAUCUCCUUACAUUUUCACCCAUGUAUCAAACAUUAAGGUUAUGAGAAUAAUGGAAAUGAUCACCAAUUAAAGAGGCUCUUGAUUGUUGAACAGAUUCUCCUUUUUAGCUUCUAAAGAAAUAUAUAGAGAACAGUGUGAAGAAUAUGCAUAUUGAUGUUAGGUUGUGAAGGAUUAAGGAAUGUUCUGCUCCUGUUGAGAUUAAGAGAUGGAUCAAAUGUAAUAAAGGAUCAUAAGUUACUAAGGUAUUAUGUCUUGGAGGUCAAUAAGGGGAACUAUAUAAUUUAAAACAGCAAGGUCUUUGGCACAGUCAGGCUUUAUACAUGGUUAUAUACCCUAACUAGUAUAUAUUUGGUAGUAAGGAAUUCAAAUUGGGAUUACCUGCCCAAGGUAAUUAAAGUUAUGUAGAUUUUCACAUAUGGUACUUACGUUUGGUUGUCUACCUUGCAGCCAUUUGCAUGGGAGGCCAGAGAAUUUCUUAGAAAGAAGCUGAUUGGUAAAGAAGUGCUCUUCUCUGUGGAGUAUAAAGUUCCUGGAACAGGGCGAGAAUAUGGAUGUAUCUAUUUACAGAAAGGUAAAUUACAAGAUAUACAUGUACAUGUAGGUAGAUUUGCAUUUGUGAAUGAAAGGAAUGAUUGAUUUUAUUAAAAUAAGGCUUACACAUAAAGCUUGAUUAUCCAUUUCAAUCUUCAAGUGAAUUUUCAUCUUCCAGGAGAAGACCUUGAAAAUGUAACAGAAGCCAUAGUUUCUGAAGGGCUUGUUGAAGUCAGACGUGGUGGAAUCAAACCAUCAGAGUAAGUCACACAAACCUUGUUUUUUCUUAUCUCUUCUAAUUAUAGAACAUUUCCCAUGAUAUCCAGAAAAAGAUACAUGUAUAUUUUUACCGAAAGGAUCCAGAUUUGAUUUUGGACUUGUGCAAGGUUUGAAUGCUUUCACAAGGUGUUAAAGAUUUCAGAAUUGGAGGCAGGUUACAAUUUAACUGUUAUUUUGAAACCCCCCCCCCCCUCCACUCUUAGGCUUGAUUAUGGGGCCUGGAUUACUAGAGGUGGGGAUUAACAUAUAAAUUUAAUUGGGAUUUAUUUAAUAAGUAGAGAUUGAUGGUUUCUUGUCUCAUGAUCAGAUUUGGUAUAGAUGAUGGUCAAGUAGUUUUGCUGUGGUCUUUGCAUGUAGACUUAUAAAUUAUCUAUAUUAACUUUGAAGUUAUUGUUUUUAUUGUGUUGGAAAAAUAUUAAAUUGUAGCUUGUUAGUGGUUUGAACUUACUGAAAAUUAUUGUGUUUGUAAAUUAUUGACAGAAUAAUUAGAAAUGUGCUUAGUUUUACCUUGUACAGUAACUGUCUUUUAAUUUGAUUAUCAUUUAUUUCAGUGACCAGACAAAAUUAAUUGACUUGGAAGAGAUGGCCAAAACAAUGGCCAAAGGAAAGUGGGGUGCUAAUGCCUCAGAUGUGAGUAUAAAUAAAUGAAUUUGAAUAACUCCAGGCUACUUCAAAAAAUUAUGUACUAUAACCAUACUCAUUCUUUUACAGUUUUGGGUGAGAUGAAUGGUUUUUUAUGUACAUGGAAGUCUGAUGAUUACAAUGUCUUUUGAUCUCAACAAAAACUGCACUGCAUGUGCUAAAUUUUUAUGUCAACCUUGUGGAUGAUUAUCUUUGUUCUCUGUUUAUCUGUACCCAAAUCAACAGAGCUAUACAAUAUAACAUGAGCUACAUGUAGCAUGUAUACAAAUCAACAUCCCCGUAAUUUUUUGUCUUUUUAGCCAGCAAUUCUUUGGUCCUCAGCUGAUAUUGCUCAUACUUCAAAGAUCCAUCAGGAUUACUAGCCUCUAGUACUUCUGCAUGCAUUCUAAAUUGCAGAGUGCCAUUCAAAAAAAGGAGACUGUAAUGCCAUUUUGAAUUAUUGUGUUGAUAUUAAACCUUGAAAUGAGGAAACCUUGUUGGUGCUCAUGGCCAAAUUGCUGUUUUCUUACCUUGCAAUCAGUGUUACAACUCUUUAGAGCAAAGCUGUUUAGUUUCUGAAUUGAUUUUUCGAGAGAUUUUAAUCAAGAGCUAUUAUUGAAUAACUUUUUAAUAACUAGCACAUCAGAGACAUCACAUGGACCGUGGAAAAUCCAAGACAUUUUCUUGAUGCCAACAGUGGAAAGGAGUUUAAUGGUAAGCAAGACAGUUGUAAAGGUUUCAGACUGGGAACCUGAAGACUGUAAUAACUUAACACAUGUAAUUUAUUUUCUGAUAAUUUUUGAGAUGGUUUGUACAACAUGGCUUUUUUUGGAAGCUAUAGCUUAGGCACCAUAUUUUCAGACCUGAUAAAUGUUAAUUGUACAAUUUGUAAUUGUGUUGGACUGGCGGGGGGGGCGGGGGGGGGUAAAGGAUUUUCUGUCCAGGUUUUUUCAAACCAAUUUAUAAUGGAUCACAAAAGCCUUGAAAGCCAAAUAAUGCAUCAGUGAGUGGAAUUAUGAGAACCUAAAAGAUGUAUUUUAAUUUUUAAUUUUGUAAGCACUUUUCAACAGUUUCGAGGGUGAGAUUAAAUGAAUUGCCAUCCAAUGCACAGUUGCUUUUUAUUUUGAAUCUCAAUGGUUCAGAGGAUGGUGUGAGUUUUCUAGUAUAUUGAAAAGAAUAGAAAGUCAAAAUAAAGUUUGCUACUUGACCAUAAAACUAUGAUUGACAUUGUUUUAGUAAUGAAACUGAUGAUAUUUAUUCAAUUCCAAUAGCAGUUAAGUAGCUGUUUUUGAUGUCUUUUUUUUGUUGACAGCUGUCAUUGAACAUGUUCGUGAUGGUUGCACAGCAAGAGCAUUUUUACUGCCUGAGUUCUACCAUGUGACAGUCAUGUUUACAGGAAUAAAGGUAACUUAAACCAAUUCUUAAGAUAAUCAAGUUAAGCUACUUCUUCAUAAAUGUAGUUAUUAUUAAUAACAAUACGAUAUAGCCAACAGAUCACAUUUCUUUUUAUCUUUUUAGUGUCCCAUGAUGAUCAGACGUGAUGCAGACAAGGAAAUUUCAGAACCAUUUGCAGAUGAGGUUAGUGGCCAUCCCUGCUUUUGGACAACACCUUUAUCUAUAAAAGUCUCAUACAUGUGUGUCUUUUAAUCAGGCAAAGUUUUUCACCGAGAGCCGUUUAUUGCAAAGAGAGGUGAAAAUAGUUCUUGAAGGUACGUAGUGACACUUUUUAACUACCAACAAAGAGUAGCAUACUGUAAGUUGUAUUUUAGGACAAAAAAAAAACUUGUUUCAAUUAGUCCUGUAGUAAAUGCCUCUCUGUCAGCUUUGUUGUAGGGAGACAUUCAUCUUUCUUUGAGUCAUCCUUUGAUAGGCAUAAUUCUUGUUGAUGAUAAAAAAGAAAUUUAAUUUUCCAAUGUCUGUUCUUCCAAUUUAUGCAGGAGUCUCCAAUCAGAAUUUCCUUGGAUCAAUUAUCCACCCAGUGAGUUUAUUUGCUGUCUUUAUUUAAGUCAAAGUGCCUUACUGUAAAGUUUUUUCUGGUUUUUUUUUUUUACUUUUAAUCAGUAUGCAUAUUUUCCUUGCUCUGGUCAUGAUACUGAUGAGGAGAGUUUGUUGAACAAUCAAGAGCCUCUUCAAUUGAUGAUCAUUUCAUUUCUUCUGGUGACCUCAAUGAUUCAGGGAUAUUACUGUAACGAUACAAAAGACUAAAGAGGCAAUAAUUAACCCAGUAUAAAACUGGGCUACAUUUUUCAAGAUUGAAAAAACAUGAGCUCCCGUAAUGUUAUUGUCUUCUUUUGGCUGACUUUUCACUCAUGCUUCCUGCCUAGGCUGGAAAUAUUGCUGAGCUGUUGCUUCGAGAGGGAUUUGGCCGUUGCGUUGAUUGGAGCAUGGCAGUGCUUACUAAAGGACACGACAAACUGCGUGCGGCGGAAAAGUAAGCUAAUUUGUUAUUAUACGCACAUAUAUCCAUCCCUCCCCCACUUCCAUCCACUUCAACCCCAGAGCUCCCCCUCGUGGAGCGGAAGGGAGAACUGACUCAGUGUUGUAAGUACCAAUCUACCAUACGGUUUAUUUUUUUUAGAUUUGCAAGAGAGAAGAGACUUCGGAUAUGGAAAGAUUAUGUACCAAGUGCUCCAACUGUGCCUAUUCAGAACAAAGAAUUCACUGGAAAGGUAGGAAAUGAACUAAGAUAAAGUUUAGGAAGGUAAUCGUAAAAAGCGGGAAGAUUUAACUUUAUUUACUCAUGAUAAAUGCGCGCUUGCCAAGUCGUUUUAUCCCUUUCUUCUUCACAUGGUUUCCCAAGUGUUCAUGGUGUUUCGUUUGAUUUGUAGGUUGUGGAAUGUGUGAAUGCGGAUGCUUUAGUCAUCAGGAAUGCUGAUGGGGCACAAAGAAAGAUUCACUUCUCCAGCUUAAGACCGCCCAGGUACUGUACUAUAUAGCGCUUGGAGAACUGUGUGGCCCCUUUAACCUUUUUAGGGUUUCACCAGCAUUACUUGAUUAGCGAAUCUUGCCAGGAUCUUACACAACCCGAAUUAUCAUGGGAAAAAUUAUCACUAUUUGAAGGCCGGAUUCUCUGCCUUGAGUUGCUUGGAAAAAAAAACAGCAUUUACGCUGUAUCUGCUGGCAAUUCGUAGUUUGUGUUUUAUAAUUUCAUGAAAUUAUUUUUUGCCUAAUCGAGUUUCCCGCACCCCAAAACCUCUUCCGAAUACUCACUAUUUGCUCGAAAUUCCAAGCUGUCUCUCUUUUGCUGGCACUGCACGGAAAUAUUUGAAAUCCAUCUUUUUUUCCUUGCAGGCUUAUCCCUAGAGAAGACGGCACUCAGGUAUGACGAAUCGUUUCCUUCUUUCCAGUAGGAUUAAGAAACCGACGAUGAGAAUUGUUAAUCUUCGAAGCGUUGUGUAAAGGUCAACGCUCUCAUUACUAAUAUACACUGGAAAUCACUUAGCUACACUGUAACUCGUAAACAAUUUCAAAUACAAACGAACAGCUCACAGAUGCAUGUCUUUUUUUUUUAUUUUCGAACAGGAUACUAUAACUAACGGGAAAGAUAACAAGAAGCCCAGGCCACUGUAUGACGUACCUUACAUGUUUGAAGCCAGAGAAUUUCUCAGAAAGAAACUAAUUGGUAAAAAGGUAAAGAAAACCCUUUCAUACUUUAGAAAUUUGAGCGAAAAUUGGAUCCCCGAACGUAUAAGUUUUGGCAUGGCAACGUCUAAUACAUAUCUCAAACACGAAGGCGCGCUUUGAAUAAGUUGACUCCCUCCCCUUAAUUUCAGCUAAAAUGUAGUAAUCAUCCAAUAUGACGACCAUUGUUGAAGAAAGGCCUUCAACAUUUCUACAUCUUUCCUUUUUAUUUUUACGGUCAUCUAUAUCCAGUAUUUAGAAACAGACAUGAAAUUAUGCCGUGGUAAUAUUACGCAAUGGCGAAGCCAAUCAUUUCGAAUUUCAAAUUUACCGCCAUAAUUGAAGACGGUUUUGAUCGGAGAAAGGAGAUAUAAACCUCAACAAAUUCUACCACUGUGAUGAUAACGUAGAAAAUUAUUAGAGCUUUUGAGAAAUCUGCUUGCUGUUCACUCGUUUUGGAUCGACUGCAGCUCAAGCUGUUUUUGAAUAUAGAGACCAGUAUGCCAUGGCGGUUGAUUGAAAAAUGAUCCAGAGGUACCUAAGGCACCUUUACUCUUGUAGCGCGCUUUCGCGUUUAAGGUUGUGGUGCUUGUCUCAGGAAUAUAGUUUACUAUAACAAUCUCUCUCUCCGUCUAGCAGUAUAAAAGGGGUAUUAGCGAAUUGGGAGGGUGAGUUGAUGAAAUGCAGAGGGGGGGGGGUAAGGAAAUGUAGACCACAAUGGACUAGUAUAUCUAUUUUUGGUUUACCCCGCCAAGGACGCUUUUUUUUAUUUAACAGAGUACCUUACUGCUCUUAUCUUUUCCCUCCUUACAGGUGAACGUUAAGGUUGAUUACAUCAAACCUCCCAGUGAUGGUUUCCCAGAGAGAACAUGCGCAACGGUAACAAUCAGUGGUAUUAAUGUUGCUGAGGCUCUGAUAAGUAAAGGAUUUGCGACCGCGUUGCGACACAAGCAAGACGAUGAUCAGCGGUCUUCGUGCUAUGAUGACUUGUUGGCAGCCGAGACACGUGCCAUAAAGAAUGGCAAAGGACUGCAUAGUAAGAAAGAAGCACCCAUUCAUAGAGUGGCAGAUCUUUCAGGGGUAAGUAAGUGGAUCUAGACUGUAGAUUCGUUUCUGGUCUUUGAUGCGCGAGCUAAAGAGGGGUCUGGGAAUAGCAUGAACGCGUUGAGAGGGACUCGAGGAAAGUGAGACUCUUCUUGGGAACGAGGUGUUUUCACUAAGGCAGUUGAUGUAUUUCACAACAGUGUAGUGUAAGCUCUAAUAGUUUUUAGUAUAUUCUUCCAAUCAAAAACUAAAAACAUAUUUAAUAUUUAUUGCAGGACGCAACCAAAGCUAGACAGUUCUUGCCUUUCUUACAAAGAGCGGGAAGAUCCUCAGGAAUAGUUGAAGUAAGUGAUUAUUCUUAUGAUUAAUUUUGAACUUUUUCAUCGCGGCGCAUAUCAAUAGCACGCUCUAGAGAUUUUAUAUUUUAUUUUUAGACAACCGAUGGCUCAGUCGAUGGUCGUGAUCACGAAAGUGGCCACACAAAUCUCAAACCUAAAAUCUUAGCGUGUUGCCUUGAAGCGGCGUCAAACCGCUAGUAACCGGCUAAAAUCGAAGCCCUUAAACAAUAUCUCGCGAGAAAAACGAGUUGUUGAAUUUUUGAUGUUGGUCUGUUCUUUUAGUUUGUUGCCAGUGGUUCAAGAAUAAGACUGUAUCUACCUAAAGAGACUUGUUUAAUAACUUUCCUUAUUGGUGGUAAGUAUUUUUACAUGAUUGUAUAAUUGUAUUUUUGUAUAUAAAAUGCAAAAAAAAAAAACAGUUUGACAUGGUUGUGUUGUCGUGUUUUGCCGAAUGCCUGGAUGUUAUAUCAUUAAUUGUGAACAGUACACCGAAUUCUUGGGUUGAAAUCGUUUAGCUGUCAGGUAAAGUCGCCAGGUGGCUAAUUUUUUAGUGAUGUGGCCAUUCUGUAAAUGUAGCUUAAACUUAAAGUUACUCUAGUACACCAGUUCCGCCCUCGACAAAGAUUUUUCUCAACGAAUCCUGCGAUGUGAGAGUCUUCGACCAGAGCUGUCGACGAUCCAAAGCAGGGACUUUUAAGGGUUCUCUAUUGCGUUUAAGUUUGUGUUUGUACUGUGAUUCUUUAAGGUAUCACAUGUCCCCGAGCUGGUAGAUUAGUUACUUCCCAGGGAGUUAUUGCUACGGAAGGAGACCCGCACGGAGACGAAGCUUUGAGUUUUACCAAGGAUCUUUGUUUGCAAAGAGAGGUAAGUGGUAUGGCAGAAAUAAUGUUUACACUUAAUGUUUUUCAAGGUUAGCACCAAAAAACUUAACAACCAAAUAAAGUUACAUGAGGAGCUUCCAGAAUUGUUUCAUUUAAAUGUCAUCGACCGUUAUUAAUAUUUGUUCAUUUUUCUUUUGCCCAAUGUGUAUUAGGUUGAAGUACAAGUUGAAGCUAUAGACAAGGCCGGCAAUUUUAUCGGCUGGUUAUUUGUGGACAACACAAAUCUCUCUGUUGCCUUGGUCGAGGUAAAAAAAAAAAAAAAAAAACCUUACACAUCUACCUUACAUUUAACCUAGAGUAAGAAUUUCUCUUGUCCAGUCUCUUCAGCUCGGUCUAGUGUCCUCAUUUGCCCCGACGAAGGGUAACGAUUGACAUGAUCAACUCGGACGAUAAAACCAAAUUACCCUUUUAUAAUGGUUGUGAAGGUGUUGAAUAUAAGUUUAAUCGAUGUCUGUUGUUUGCAGGCUGGUCUUUCUCAAGUACACUUCACAGCUGAGCGCUCCAGUUACUAUCCUCAGCUCAUUCAAGCUGAGGAAAAGGCAAAAUCGCAGAAACUUAAGGUAUAAUCCUUUGUUAUCGCUUUAGAUAAUGUUGCCUUCUAGUGUAAAUGAUAUGGGGCAAAACGCGGUGAAAUUAUGCAUUAGUUUUUGAAUUUUUUAAUAAGGUUGUUUGGAAUCUGAAAAUAAAAAACCCGAAAGAGCAAAAUCAUUUAAAAAUAUAGUAAAUUUUAAACUUGGUUGUGGGAUUAAGAAAGAUCUUGAUUGCCUUGUCACGAGCUGGUUCUUCCCUUUUUCACACAUUUCCCUCGGUGUUGACCGGCAACUUCUCCAUGAACAAGGAAUAACAUGUGCCAGCACAGCCAAGCUUACGGACGACUUCAUCACGGCACGAGAGUGUAAACUAGCACAAAGUGGGUCAAGUUUAGAGCAACAAUGUGUAUAAGUCUCGGCCUUAAAAACUUCGAACUUUCCUUGGAAACUGCAGAAAACUACGUCUCACUUAAAUUCUCCAUGUUUACGAAAGCAAAUUAUCCAUCUAAGUGUGCAUGUGCGAUCAUUUGACCGCUGUGUUGGGCGCAUGUCACGUGAACUUAGUGAUACCUUAACCUAGCGUAGGGGUCUUAGUAGGUCAGUGAUAGAGCACAAAAGCUGAAGGUCUGGGAUUCGCUUUACUGGAACUUUUGUUGUCCCAUGCUCGUGAGAAGACGAAUAAUAUCUUUCCUAACUGAACUAAUGAAUAGUCUCCAAUGUGUGACUAGCAUUCAAAACAUUGCAUCCCAAAACCUUUGAAUGCAGUUAAUUAUUGGUGAGCCACAAUAGCCAUGAAAAGAAAAGAAAGAACUGAUGGCGAUUUGAUUUAAUUUUUUAUGCCUCAACCAAAUAACCAACCUCUCUCCAUGAUAAUCUUCAGCCAAAGUAACAAUUUUUUCAUUUUUAGUUAUGGACCAGUUAUGAAGAACCUAAAAAUGUCGUUGUUGUUGAGGAAACAGAGAGGAAGUGCAAUUAUAAGAAGGUUUGUGAUAUCACUGAUGUUUGAGGUAAUUAUUGUAAAAUACUGCCUCAGUAAAGAUUGCGUUACUUGAUGUGAAUGUCUUUGAUGUAUUUCUUACAGGUCAUUGUCACAGAAACAUCUCAAAACCUCUCUUUUUGGGCACAACAUGUUGAUUCAGGUGAGCUGUAAUAAUGACUAGGAACGGACCAAGCCGUAACUUUUGGCGGUAAAGUUUGAUCAUAUGAAAUAAGCCAAAUCGGGGUUUUCGAAAACCCCGACCUCUAAAAAUAUCUUAGAGUUUUGCGGCUUUGCGAACUGCCUAGAUGUAGGGAAAGGCUGGAUGCUACCAUAUGUUCCAGCACCACAGUUUAUUUAUUUUAAACUUACCCCCUUUGUUCAUUUACCUCAGGUGGACAACUCGAGAAACUCAUGGAUGAUCUUCAUACUGAGCUCAGUUCUAACCCUCCCCUCCCUGGAUCAUAUACAGCACGAAAAGGAGAUUUAUGUGCAGCUUUGUUUGUGGAUAAUAACUGGUAUGUGACUGGCAAGUCAAACAUUCUUUCCUACGCUACCUUUACCUUCCUUGUCAACAUCCCAUUUUUGUCAACUUGUGGGUAAAUCCCGACAGGAAAGAAGAGGAUUAAUCUUUGUACCUCUAACAUCUGAGUAUUAAUGUGAAAUUCAGAAGAUUGUGGACACCAGAAAUCGUUUAAGUUUCAAGUUAAAAGCAACUCAGGGUCAGUCACUUAGGACGCUAACAGCAACGGUAAUUAGUUCUUGGUUUUGAGGGUUUUUUUUCUUGUUUUGAGCUUUUAAAUUGAUUUUGGGUUCGUACACUACUGAGAGACGUAACAAAAUCAAAGUGUUUUUCUGAUGGUUUUCUGAGUUUCAGAAGGCUUUCUUAGAAUUCCUCUAUUGUUGUUUUUGACUGAGAAUUUGACUUGGGAUAAAACCAUAAGCUCUGGUUGAUAUUUCCUUUUCUUAUCAUCACCUGUUUGACAAUGUGUAGUUAGUGGAAGAAAGAUAUCAAUUGGUCGCUCCAGCGACUGGAAGGGUUAAGUGCAAAGGUGGGCUUUCAUCAAUUCUUUUGGAGUUAUAGCGGAGCUCGUAGAGCGUAGCCACAUAAUUAUACAAAAUAGUAGUAACCCAUCAAGCCGAAAAAAUUUGGAUGUACGACCGUACGACCGUACAAGGUGCCACUUUUAACAUGCAUGGUCAACUGUACCGCGGGCACGCCAACGCCACGGAUUUGUUCAGUAGUCCAGUGGUCAGUGCACUGGGCUCCGAGUCGGACGACCCGGGUUCUAGUCCUGGCUGGGGCAAGGCGUUGUGCCCAUGAGACGUGCGGGAGAAAAAAAUGCGAGCUCCGCUUUUAGGCUUGGCUAAAUCUAUAUAUUAUAAGGAUACAGUUCAGGCUUUCCCUUGUUUUAGGAUGUAGAGUGCCGAGUGGCAGUGUGUGUGUUAUUAAAACUAAUCGUUUGCGUUUCUUCGUCCGUAGGUACAGAGCACGAGUCGAAAGCGUGGCAUCUCCAAAAGAGAUUCAUGUGUUUUACAUUGAUUAUGGAAAUGUAAGUACAUUCGCAGUAAGAAAAGAGGCUUGAAGUAUUUCCUUUUGUUGUUACACAAUUCUAUACGGUUCUCAUGGAUUUAGUCAUAACUGAGUAAUAGUUACUGUGUACAGACAGUGUUGGUGGAGAAGUCCCCUGCGCUGAGAUAGAUUUUGUUUUCUGCUGCGCUUAUUCUCGUCGUUGAAAGUUCGUGCACAUUCAAAACAUUUGUAUGUUUUCAUUUCUUACAGAGAGAAGUGUUACCGUUAUCCAAGCUGUGCCCUCUACCUUCAGCGUUCCACAGGUAAUUGUUGUUAAUGGUAAACAAUGGUUUGAAUAUAUCACUUCCCAGAAGUACUAUUAUUGCGAAGGUUUGAGUAGUACUUCAUGUAAGCUUGAUCAUAACAAUAAUUCUGCAAGAAAUAUAAAGGUUUAAAUGUUACAAACUACUGCAACUUUUUCUCUUCAGUUUUCCUCCACAAGCACAUGAAUAUAGUAUGGCUUUUAUUGAACUUCCAAAGGACGUAAGUAAUUUUUUCCUUCCCUUUCUUAACGAAUUUGGAUUAUGAUCUCCUCUCAACUGAUUACAAAUGUGUCUUAAUAUUACUUCUAAUGACACAAUUAUGCCAACUCAGCACAACAAUUUUUUUAGUAGCUUUCCGUGGAAAGUGUUUUGUAUCCUCCUUGCCUCUUUAAUGGUUUUCCGCACAAAAAAAAAAUAAUAAUAACGAGUAAGACAGCGAAAUAUUCCCUUCCUUCCACACUUGCAGGGUUUUUCAGGCAGUGUGACACUUUCGAGCUAUUGUGCACCCAGUUUUUACUCUCGGGCAGUCGCUGGAAAACUCGGCCAAUGUAUAGUUUAACAUUAAAAGGAUCGUACGUGGUUCUGUUUGUCACAUGCGCUUGACUUAACCUGAUUACUUUUUCGUCAUACGUCGUCCAUUUCACAGUAGAUUUAUGAUCUGUAAAGGAUAAGCAAGAGUACCGAAAUCAGAUCAAAGGAAGGUGCUGUUUUUCUAAUCUUUUUCUCGUUUCUGUUUGUCAGGUGGAACAAGUUGCUGAUGCCUUGGAUUCCUUUAGAAAUCUGAUCAUUGUAAGUUUUGAUUUUGAUUUAGUAGAGUCCUGCCUUGCGUUUAUAGACGUUUAUAGGCAGCUUGAAUAUACUUUUUUAGAGAUCUUACCUGAUGCUCAUUUGAAUUUAUUCUCUGCUCUGUUUGGUUAAUGCAAAAACAAAGACACUUACCUGAAUUUAACUGCAAAAAAAUUGCUGAGACAGAAUUGAAGCUUGCGCAUCAGCGUUCUUAACUCACGUAGGGUAAAGUAAUGUUUUAUUAUUAUUACUAUCAUUAUUUUUUUCUUUUAGAAUCGACAGUUUAUGCUAAAUGUGGAGUACAAGUCCUCAGGCCAGGUAGGAAGUGCUGCUAUUAAUCACUUGCAAAUAGCGCCUGGGAAACCAGGCAAAUAAGCUAUGGUAAUACUUAGGGCGUGGUAGAGAAACGAGGGGGGGUUCAUUAGUGCUCGUGACCUGCCUCGUUGUCAUCAAGAAGUAACGUUUGCUAACAUGGAGAGUAUGGCUGACAAAGUGGUAGAAAUACUUACCUCUCGUUAUGCAUUUCAAUUUCCGGUGUCACAAGUGUAUUGAGUUUGUUGUCAGCUUAGAGGGUUUUAUUUCGGAUUCCCUCGUUUUCCGCACCUCUUAGAUAUCCUUGAUAAUAAUGAUCAGAACAGCCAAUCAAAGCAUGAGCAAUUAUUACAGGGAGCCAGUGAGAACUCAAAGUGAAAAAAAAAAAAAAAGUGCCUGAGGUGCCAUAAAACGCGAAUGACCAAGUCACGAUUGGUUUUAGUUGUGAAACUGAUUUAUUUAGAAAGUGGUGCGAGUUUCUCAGGCCAUUCACUUAGCGAAGUCCGGAAAUCACGGAUUACUUUGGACACAGUUAAAAGUUUCUGUAAUACAUCGAUCAAGGAUGUCUUAAAAUGCCGAAGUAUGGCAUUAGUGUAGGACCCAUCUAAACUAAAAUUCGGGCCCAGCAGUAGUAGAGCUGGCAACAAGUCUAUAGCACACAUUAGAAAACGUAUUUUCCGUUGGUUUUUUGGUGUUAGGAUUUCGUGACACUCGUGCAAGAGAAUGGGGAUGAUGUCGCCAAGUCUCUUGUCACCGAAGGCCUGGUUACUGUUGAGAAGAGGAAGGAGAAACGACUGCAAAAACUGAUGGAAGAGUAUAACAGGGCACAAGAUGGUGCGAGGAAAGCUAGGGUAGGUGUCUCGGAGACUUGCGAGCCUUGUAGCCCAUUCGGCUGGCACUCUCCCUGCUUGCCAUAGCUUAUAGCGACUAGGGGUAUGGUCUAUCGUAGGCCGCCUUCAUCAAUUUCUUCUGGUUUCACUACAGUUUGUUUUGUGGGUGCCCGUUUAUACUCCUGGCUUGAAAUAGGCACUGCGAAGGUUGAGUGUCUUUCCCAAGGACACAGCACAAUGAACCGGCUUACGCUCUGACCCAGACCUCUCGAUCCCGAUUGCAGCGCACUAACCCUCCAGGCUCCCCGCACCUUUCACAAUCCAAAUAAAGCAUACGUAAAUUUUUGCUGAUAAUUACAAAUGUUCCCUUUUGAACGUACCUGUGAACGGUUUUCUCUCCCAUUUUUGCUCUAGAGCCAUUUGCAAAACGAAAAUGAUCCAUUCAGUUGUUUUCGCGUUAGGCGUUUAGCGUUAUUUCAGGAUUAAACUUCAAACUUUUUAGGGGAAUUGUCAACCUCGAGACUGAGAGUACAUUAGAAUAACCGGAAGAACAAGACGGUACGUGUGUUACAAACACGCGACGCACGUAGAUAAGCUAAAUUGAUCUUAUACCUGUUUAGUCGCCCUCAGUGUUAAACAAUUAGAACAUCAUCAAAACCGCAUAAUAUUGUUCCUGUUCAGAAUUUAAGCGCAUAUUUAAGACUGGCGUUUUGUGUAACCAACCGUUUUGUAUUUCAUGUGCUGUGAGACAAAUCUGACUGAAGCCAAAAAUAAACAUACAACUUUCUGUAAAGCUACAUAAUUUAAAAAAAAAAAAGUCUUGCAUGCUUUGGUCAACCUGGCUGCGAUCAAUAGUAUCUCUUUUCUUUCUCUCCUGUUGCUAGGUAAACCUGUGGCGUUAUGGAGACUUCACUGAUGACGACGCUAAGGAAUUCGGGUAUUCUACUUAAGGACAAACUGUCGCCCUUUCGUGAAUAGAAAAUUUUACCAAUCACGGAUUUGAACUAAUUAUCAAUAUGAGGAUAACAUUAACUUGCGCUGUCGAGAGCAAUACAAACAUUGAUAAGAAAAUGUCUACGCGUCUAGCGGCGAGAAUUGUCUUUCGGCUUUUCAAUAAGGUAUAUUCUAAAUCCGGUCAUAAGAAUAGUGUGACAUUCUGCAGAGGAAUUAUUUCCUUGUGAACCUGUUGCAUUUCCAAGGUUAACUUUCUUUACUCGCCACACUUUCAUGUCCGUGUCAUGUCGUCUAGUCAGAAUUUCUGUUUUAACUAUGAUCUCGUAAUCAUUCAAUUUUCUUGUUUACACAAGUGAAUUUGUGAGUGUAGAGAGAGAACUCACUCGAAAGAUAUAAAAUAGAGGCAAACGAAUGCACUGGUAGCGUUGUGUUUCUUUGGUUUACUAUGGCUGUUUGUUCGGAGGAGAAAGCUUCAUAUCGCCAAUU